GUAACUCCAUAAAAUAAUGUGAUAGUGUUUCGCUUGCCACUCACUAAAGAUAGCGUCUUGAUAGGUUAAAAACCAUACAAUUAUUCACUCAAAGUAGUUAUAAAUUUCCCAGCUUCCAUCAAAUCCCCUGGCACAUGAAUGAGCACCAUCGGCGAACAGGAAAAAGUGCAAUAUCAUUGUACAGCUCCAUCAGUAGUAAAAUGAUAUAGCUCGCGAUCGUCAGUUCUCCACUAAUCUCCGUUGGCGACAAAACGUAAUGAGCACCCUUCCGCAGUUCAUUCUGGAGGCAAUUGAAAAAGCUGCCGAAAAGUGUGGUUAUUCCGGGAAAGGCUUAGAUAUUCAAGUCGAACCAUGCAACAAACAAGACGGAUUCAUCGGGCAGCUGUUCAGAGCGACUUUGAAGCGAAAAGGAUUGCCGGACAAAAGCUUGAUAUGUAAGAUUCCUCCCCUCUGUGCCGCCCGCAGGGAACAGUUUGAUACAUCACUCAUGUUCGAACGUGAACCAUGGUUCUACAGCAGAAUCUUGCCAGAAUUUGAAAGGUAUCAACGCGAGAAAGGAAUUGGUGAGCAAGAUGGGUUCACGGCUUAUGCUAAGUCCUACGUAGCGCACUACGAAUCAAUGGAGCACGGAACGGUUCUGGUUCUAGAAGAUUUGAUUAGCAGAGGUUUCCGAAUGGCCCAUAAGCUUGUUCCGCUUGAUUAUGACCACAUAAAACUGGCUAUGGUACAGCUGGGGAGAUUUCACGCACUGUCGUUUGCGAUGAAGCGAGACCAGCCGAAACUCUAUCAGUCAUUAAAGGUUCCCAACGCUAUUCUUGGAAUGUUCAGAAAGAAUGAAUACUGUCGGUUUCUUGUUAGUGAAUCUUUGAAGUUGGCUCUGGAAAUUCCAGGAUUGAAUGACAAUGAACGGAAAUUGCUGAUCCAGUUGAAAGAUAACGUGUUACAGGAGUUAGAGCGAUGUUUGGAUGUGAGUGAGGAAGAGCAUUUCACUGCGAUUAUUCACAGCGAUUUUUGGAUCAACAACUGCAUGUUCAGUUAUGAUGAGGAUAAUCUUCGUCCAAAAGAGCUGAUCCUCAUCGAUUGGCAACUAGGAUGCUGUGCAGUCCCUGCCGUGGAGCUGGUCUAUUUGUUCUACCUUUGCACUGAUGGCGACUUUAGAAGAAAGCAUUUCGUAGAAAUGAUCGAUCUUUAUCACCAAUCACUUGGUGAUCUGUUAAAGAAGCUAGGUGGAAAUGCAGAAGUUGACUACCCGUAUGAAGCACUCCAGAAGCAUUUAAAACAAGUUGGUCGAUAUGGAGUGAUGAUGGGGUCCUUCUUGGUUCCGGCAAUGUGCAUUGCCAGCGAGGAUCUUCCAAAUCUGGACGAGUCAGCCGCUAGACAAGUUAGUUCCGAUCAGUACGAGUUGCCAUAUAAGCUGGAUGAGACUUCACUACCUGUCUACCAGAAACGAAUGCUUGAAGUUAUUCGAGAUGCUGUUCAAUAUGGAUGUUUCGAUGUGUAG